UUACGUCUGUGUUUUUCACAUACAUUCGACGUACAGUAAAACUGACGCGUUGAGUCUCUGGUCCACCACGCGUACUCACGCCGCGCGUCUGCUGCCGGUGUACCGGGGCGCGGGAGGGGUGUGUUCCGUAUUUGUGUGUAGAAGAACAAGCGCAUGCGCUUUACGAGACCCGAAACAGAAGCGGAGAGCGUCAGACCGCAGCGGCUGCAGAUUUUUCCCGUCAGACGGGAGGGGAGGAGAGGAGGCCAGCAGGAAGAAGGGACCGUAGGGAGAUGGGAAUACUUUUAUUCAGAGGGAAAUGGAGGGAUGCACUGAUUUAACGCACAAAAUCACGGCGAUUCUCACUUGACAUCGCAACAUACACCCGUGUUGGGCUCGGAAGCGCUGGGAAUUAUAAGCUAGGCUACUCUCAACCCCGGUGAUGAUGACGACUGGAAAGUGAAUCUGGAGUGAUGAGACAAAACGCGAAAGGAGAAAAGCGCGCUGCUGGAUCCAUCCGACAGGGUUGUUGUCUCCCCGGACUCCGGGUUGAUUAUCGGUACCGUCGUUCUCCUCUCACCGGUGUGGAGGUCAUAUAAUGGAGAGCCCCAAUGGCUCCGACACCAAACCGCAGAGCCAUCAUCCUCCUCAGGUGGAGAAGAAGAGGUUAAACCGCGCGCCGUCCCCUGCCAGACCCGUCCUUAAGGAUGUCCACUCUCGAUCGGGCAAACAGAUCGUGCCAAAAUCACCCAAACUCAACAAGCCGCAAGCGUCCGCUGCGCCCGUAGCGUCUCAAAGCCGCGUACCGAGACGCGCCACCCCCAGCGCGAAGGAAAAACCAGCACCUGCAAAAAGCAACAUCAAGCCCUCAUCUACAAAAAAGUCCGUUAAGGUCACUCAGCAUGCAGCAUCCGAACCGAAACCGACCGGCAAAGUGCUUGACACCGCUCCGCAAAUCGCCAAAAGCAAGCAGAGGAUGGCCCCUCUUUCCCACGGUCCCGUCGGAUCCCCGAUACGCGUUCCCACAGGCCGGGUUUGCCAGACGGACAGCAGUUCGGAUUUGUCCGAUUGUCCAUCCGAACCUCUGUCCGACGAGCAGAGACUCGUUCAAGCCGCCAGUAGCGAUGUGGAGUCGUGUAGCGGCUCAGGUUCGAGCGAGCGCGGGGAGCAGGUGGCUGAGAUUCGUGUGCGCACGGCGGACUCGAGCGCGACGCUCAGAGAAGCGGCGAUGUCAGGUGCGCACGCUGGGAAAUGUAAAGCGGAGAAAACCGCACAAUUCAAAGCGGAAGGGAAGGAAAUGAUCCAAGAGGAAUUGUUAAGGGAAAUCGAAGACCUUCGUUCGGAAAAUGACUACCUCAAGGAUGAAGUGGACGAGUUGCAUGCCGAGAUGGAGGAAAUUAGGGACAACUACCUUGAAGAGGAGGUGUACCAGCUACAGGAACUACGCAGGGAACUGGACCGUUCCAACAAGAACUGUCGAAUCCUUCAGUACCGCCUCCGCAAGGCUGAACAAAAGAGUUUGCGUGUAGCUCAGACUGGACACGUUGACGGAGAUCUUCUACGUGGUCUGGAGCAAGACCUAAAGGUGGCCAAAGACGUAUCAGUGCGUCUGCACAAUGAACUGGAGACGGUGGAAGACAAGCGCACGCGGGCGGAGGAUGAAAACGAGAUGCUCAGGCAAAAGAUCAUCGAGGUGGAGAUCUCCAAACAGGCCCUGCAUAAUGAACUCGAGAGAGCCAAAGAGACCGCUCUGCGCAGACGGGGGAGCAGAGAAACAUUCAAAGACAAGAAGUCAUUAACUCAGGAGGACAGUGCAGACCUGCGUUGUCAGUUGCAGUUUGCCAAGGAGGAAUCGACCCUCAUGCGUAAAAAGAUGGCAAAACUUGGUCGCGAGAAGGAUGAACUGGAACAGGAGAUGCAGAAGUACAAAUCGCUAUACGGGGACGUCGACAGCCCUUUGCCCCUGGCGGACGUGACGGGUGGAGGUCCCCACACUACCCGCGAGGCAGAGUUACGCUUACGGCUCAAACUAGUAGAGGAGGAAGCCAACAUCCUGGGCAGGAAAAUCGUAGAGCUAGAGGUGGAAAACCGCGGACUUCGGGCGGAAAACGAGGACCUGCGCUGCCAAUACGAGAGAGACUGCUUCGGGCGUGAACCCUUCUCGAGUGUCCCUACCUCACCGUAUGGUGGCGAUGCGUUGGAAUCUGCCAGUGAACUUCGCCGCCACCUGCAGUUUGUGGAAGAGGAGGCAGAGCUUUUGCGGCGCUCCAUCUCUGAGAUCGAGGACCACAACAAGCAGUUGACAUCCGAGCUUAACCGUUUCAAAUUCGGGCCCAGCCAAAGUGAAAGGGAGUCGGAGGGUGCUGAAGGUGCAAGUGCUGUGGCAAUAAAAACUACCAGCGGUAGUGUGGGAGGUAAUGGUUUCUUAGGUUGCCCAAUUAACAGUACCGCCCUACAGGAGGAGCUGAAAACCUCAAGACUCCAAAUAAACGAGCUUAGUGGGAAGGUGAUGAAGCUACAGUACGAGAACAGGGUGCUAAUCUCAAAUAUGCAGCGUUGUGACCUUGCGUCAAACCUGGGUGUGCGCACGGGUAGCCCUCGUGAUGGCGACGUGGACAACGAUGCCGGGCGAAGGGAACAGGAUGAAGAGGAGACAGCCAGGCUUUUGUUGCUGCACCCAAAACGGGAAGGUCCUGUCGGUGGGGAGAGCGACUCCGAUGACCUGUUUGAGAAGACCGCUACCUCUGGGUUCGCCAGUGCUGAGAAACCCUCCAAUGAGCCAGGAGCUAUCGAGUUGGCCCAGCGGAGACGAGAGGACCGGGAGACACUCAACAACAUCAGACGUGAAGCGGAACGACUCGGAAAAACAGUGGAACGGCUCAUUACGGACACAGACAGUCUGGUCCGCGAAGGACACCUGGUGGUCAUUGGAGGGGAUUUUCUAGAGGGUCCUGAUACUAAAUCUAACCCCGGAACACAGGUGCUCGAUUCCAUCAAUACCUGCAUGAGGACUUUCCGAACUGAACUCCAGCUAUUCGUGGAAAAGGUGGAUCAUCUAGGGGAUGGUUUACGAGAACGUACGGAUGACCUCUCCCCGAUGCCCAACCUCACCGAAUCCAGCAGCUUUCUCUCCACGGCCACCUCCAUGUCAAGGGACUCACCCAUCGGAACCCUGGGAAGAGAUCUGAUGACGGACCUUCAGUACUGGCGAAGGGAAGAGCAGGACUGGUGCCUAGACCGGCAGAGUGGCCCGGAGCCCCAGGGGCAGGUCAACGCUAAGGGGUCCGCCACACCCAGGGGCGCCCCUGGACACAGUAGAUACAUCAGGCCACACAGUUUCAGACCCGAGUGCUGGGAUUUUGAGAGUGCUGUUCUGUGUUCUGAUGGGGUUCAGUUCCGUGACCCAGUGCUACCUGAGGUGGUAACCCCUACCAGAGAGAUGCAGUUACGUCUGGACCAUGAGAGGAGGAUGAGGUGUGGACCGGAGGAGAGAGAGAGCUCAACAUCAACCGUCCUUCAGGAUGAGGAGAGGCGGCGUUCAGAGGCGCGGCGAGGGCUCGAACUGCAGGGGCUUCAAUCUCACGAGCCACAGGAAAGAGUCCUGCUCCAACAAGAGGUCAGGUUCUUCCGGCAAAACAUGAUCAUCGUGUACAUGAAGCUGCGUUGGAUCCUCAUGCACUGGAGACUCGGCCGUAGGACGGACGCCGUAGAGGAGGGAGCGCAUGCAGAGUUCGAGAGAUUGGAGAACAUUCCCGAACUGAGCAGUGUGAUUGAGCAGGGGGACAGCGAGACAGAAAGAGAAGAUAAAGUAUGUCACCGGAUUGCAGGAAGUGACAUCACAGAUCCCGCCCCACUCUUGCUUUCUCCUGAGAGAUUUCAGUAUCAGAAACAGGUGGGUGAAAGUCGGCGGGUACUGAACGCCCUUCGCUCCCUGCUCGAGGAGCUGAGGGCGGAGCUUCGCGAGGAGGCCCAGCGGCGUUGGCAGCUGCAACAGACGCUAGCCAAUGAGAGAGCAACGUGGGAGAUGCAGAGGGCUGAAAUGAGGAGCCAUGUUGCCAAGCUCCAAGGGGUGAGUGGUGAGUCUGCAUGCGCAGCCGAUGCACUGCAGCAGGAACGUGAAGAACAGUGCCGCCUGCUGGCCGACAGUCACAGUCUGACAAUGGAGCUGCGCUGGAAACUGCAGCAUGGAGAGAAGCGUUGGACCCGCGAACGGAACGAAAUGUUGGAGCGAUUCGAGAAAGAGAGGCACGAAUGGGAGCACAGCUUACGAGAAAUGCACCGCAAGAUGGAGAAGAUGCAGAAAGAUCUGCGUCAUUCGGAGGGGGCUCACCAGUCUGAAGGAGGUUCAGCGCAUGUCUUCUCACCUCAUGAUAGCCCAUCGAAGCCUCCCAGAUCUCCUCGCUCCCCCUGCACAGCCGCGCACAUGCGCUCACACUCCGACUCUGAGGCCACGCUGGAGGAGAAGGGCGCAGUGAGCAGACUCAGACCCUGCGAGGGACCUCGGGUCUCAGAGAACCUGUUUUUGGAUGCCCUCUCUCUGGAUUCCCUAAGAGAGAUGGAGGUUCCCCCUCCAUCAUGUCUGGAGAUGGAAAAGCGUUUUCCCUGCAUGAAGGAAGCUCUGAAUGAGAUUUGUGAGAAUGUAGAAACAGAUGUUUACCCGGAGGAGGAGAUGGGUGGCGGCAGUCUGCUCAGGGCAAAGUCGGUUUGCUCCAUGAGCGAAUUCCAGCGAUUGAUGGACAGCUCCCCCUUCCUACCAGACAAGAGCAAGUCUGGCGAGCACGGGCAGGAUGAUGUAACUCCUCCCCUUUCACCAGACGACCUCAAGUACAUUGAAGAGUUUAAUAGUAAGGGCUGGGAUCUGCCCACAAGCUCCCUGACGGCUUGCCCCAUGCCGGGUCCAAUAAUUCCCCCUCCUGUGAUAGAGGCCUGGGCAGAGAGGACAGAAUCCCGAAGGGCCGACUCUAGUUCAGAAGCAUUCCAGCCAGCCUCUUGGUACCUAACUACCAGCGCUACCUUGACCACCAACACCAUGAGUAGUCCCGAGUACUGCCCAAAGCUCCCGCUUAGGACAGCACAGGGGUCAGAACAGUUUGGGGUUCAGAUCAUUCAUAGCCCUGCAAGAGGGGAGCGGUCUGCUAUGGGCCCUACUGAGCAGGAGUAUUUGUUCUCCAAAAUGACCAAAGUAAAUGCAGGGGAGGUUGUAGGAGGUGUAGAGGAGGUGUUUGGAGCCAGAUGGCCAUGUGAGUUGAGGAGUCAUUUGGAGGCAGGACUCAGGCCUGGAGAGCACCCACUGCUUUGUCCUGCCAUAGGGUACAGUUCAGCUUUAGAGCUAGAGAUGGCACGCAAUCUCAGCGAUGACAUGAAGGAAAAGGCCUUUUCCACCCUCAAUACCAUCCGAUCCUCUGCGUCAGGAUCCAGCCCUCCAGAAAGGCAGCUACGAGAUAUGGCGUGUCAGACGAACGGAUUAACCUCACGGGGCACUCAGACCACCCAGACCAUCAGCGUGGGGCUCCAAACAGAGACCAUCCGCACCCUCACCAGCAGCCCGCACCGCUGUCUAACACCAAAAGGAGGCUCCACCCCAAUCUCAUCCCCAUCUAGGAGCCUGAGAAAGAUGCAGUACUCUCCUGUAGUUCAGGCCAAGUUCGAACGCCCCUGCUGUUCCCCUAAAUACGGCUCACCCAAGCUCCAAAGGAAACCCUCUUCCAAUUCUGUCAAAACCGACCAACCUCCUGCCCAAGUCCGUGUUCCUACCCCAACAGCUCAGCAGCAAAAAGGCAACAAUGAAUCCGCUUGGGCACGCUCCACGACAACCAGGGACAGUCCAGUUCACACCACAAUCAACGAUGGCCUCUCCAGCCUCUUCAACAUCAUCGACCACACGCCCAUCGCUUACGACCCUGUGCAAAAGUUCAACAAGUCUCCCAGCCGCUCUCGUCCCACGGAGGCAGGGCCUCAGGGGUCGGCGGAUUCCAAAUCUCCAAGCAUUUGUGCCACACAGGGGCCUUUGAGAAACUCUCGGGGCCGGUCCCCAAGCCCUGUGCAGCUGAUCGUUGAAACGCAGGGUGAGAAGAACCCGGAGGUUAUUAGCAUCAGACAGGAUCUGUCCGCUCCGCCGGGUUACACGCUAGCAGAGAACGCCGCACGGAUCUUGAAUAAGAAACUGCUGGAGCAGAGCUUCAGAGAGGAGAGGAAACUUACCACUUCGACUACUGCUGCUCAGAACAAAGGGGAUGCAGAGAAACCAGGAUGUCUUGAGGACUUGCCACGUUCGCCAGUUGCCCCGCCUCUGGACUCUCGCUUCCUGCGUCCGGCACGCCCCGCAAACCGACGCCCGCCAUCCCGCUGGGCUGCCCACUCGCCGUCAUCUUCCCCCAACUACAGAGAUCGCACGGAGUUCCGUUUUCCCUCACCCGUCAGAGCGGUUCAGACCAUCCCAGAAUCGGAGGAACCCGGUCAGGAGGUUCACCUUUAACCAGUCAAAUUUACAUUACACCACUACUUCCUUGCAACUCAGGCAUCCUUUUGUUGUGUAUUUUUUAUACCAGCCGGUUUAUCAUGACGUGAUGGAUAAAAAAGCUUGGGGCUGUUAACCAGAAGUAUGGAGCCAGCACCGUAGUGCCCUUGAACAAAGCAGGCUGUGUUUGGAAUUGAAUGCUAGCAUACUGCUUAGUGCACAGUAUAUACUGUAUCCUCUAUACUGCCUACUGACGUUUUCAAAUAGUAUGAAAUAGUACACUGUCAGAAAAAUUUUAUAAUAAUAUUCCUUGACUGUCACCGGGGCUGAAAUACCCUUUAAAAAAGUACACAUUUGCACCUAAAGAGCUCAUAUUAGUACCUCAAAGAUACCAAAUGUACACACAUUUGUACCUAAGUGGUACAUAUUAGGACUUUUUAAAGGGUACUGCCCCAAUGACAGCUUGGGUACUUUUCUUCUGACAGUGUAGUAUGUACCGAUAAACUUGGACUUCAUUACAUUGCAUGUUUAAAGCAACACUAUGUAGUUUUUUUACCUUUAAAUAAUGUCUCUAAAAUUAUUUCAGUGAUAGAACAACUUUUAACUGGACAAAUUGUACUGUUGCUGCAACCUGAGCAGCCUCCUAGCUGCUACAAGCACACUCUGAAAGUGGCGGUGGAGGGUAGGAAACACAGCCCCGCCCCUCCCCCUGCCUGCAGAAGAGUGUCUGAUACCAGGCACUGUUGCGCUUUUCAACCACAUGGGGGAGCUGUAAGUCAUUUGUACAUGGAAACUACAUAGUGUUGCUUUAAAUACGUAGAGAGACAUUGAGUUAGCUGGAUAAAUAAAUGAGGUUAUUUUGCACCGUUAAUCAAAUGAUGUCUAAAAAUAUAUAAAGAUUUGUACAUUUUUGUAUAUUAUUACUUCCGGUUCAGUGGUCACAAAUGGUAAGGUUUAAAGGGGUCAUAUUAUCAGAUUUUUUAAAGAUUUAGAAUAAGUCUUUGGUGUUCCCAGAUAAGUAUGUGAGGUUUUAGCUCAAAAUACCCCACGGAUAAUUUAUUAUAGUAUGAUAAAAUUGACACUUUGUAGCUGUGAGCAAAAAUGUGCCGUUCUGGACGUGUCCUUUAAAAUGCAAAUGAGCUGAUUAAUGCAAACACGGAUCACCAUAAUGGUGUUUUGUUGAAAUUGAAACUCAAUUGUGCUGUCAUUUAUUUCUCUCUCUCUCUCUCUCUCUCUCUCUCUCUCUCUCUCUCUCUCUCUCUCUCUCUCUCUCUCUCUCUCUCUCUCUCUCUCUCUCUCUCUCUCUCUCUCUCUCUCUCUCUCUCUCUCUGCACUUAAUGACAAUGCGGUGGUUGGAUAGUGCAGAUUAAGGGGUGGUAUUAUUGUCACAAAACAGGCAAAAUAUAAAUAACCAAAUUUUUCACAUGCUGGCAGUUAUUGGGUUAUUCUUUUCACAUUUUCUAGGUUAAUGCAAGCACUGGGGACCCAAUUAUAGCACCUAAACAUGGAAAAAGUCACAUUUUCAUGCUAUGACCCCUUUAAAGUUGCCAUGAAAUGGAAGUAGCAAUUGUCUUUUUUUCCAUAUCGUGACAUAUAUACAAGUAAAACAGCUUUUGACAUGAGAGAAGAUGUAGGGCGGGACUUGAUUACGUCCAUCGAGAACUGAUUGGAUUGCAAGAAGUCGGGCCAUGUUGCUAAUCGCUUCGACCUUUUCCCAGGCCGAAACAAAUCUCUGAUAGCCCCGCCCUUUCAAUUUCAUGGUGACUUUAACACAUUGCAUUGUGGUAAACAGCCAUUCUUAUGUUCUCUAUCUGCACAUUUUAACAAAUGUUUGGUGAAUAUUAAGGUGCUACACAAUGCCAUAGAGGAACUAUUUUUGGUGUUAUGGUUCCAUAAAGAACCCUAAAUAUCCGAAAAAAAAAAACUUUCCGUUUCACAAAUGGUUCCUUUGUAGUAGGGUUAAGGUUUUGAAAGGCGAGAAAGAAAUGGUUCUUUGGGGAACCCAAUAAAAAAAGGGUCUUCUUUGAGCCUUUUGUAGCACAAGUUCAUUAUAAUUUUCCAUGCAUACAGACCACUUACGUACUGCAGAAUAAAUAGUAUGCUAGCAUGCUUUUUCAAACAUAGCCGAGUUCAUGCUGUUUUUGCGAGGAAGUCACGAAGCUCCUUCACCAUCUCCUGAUCCAGUCUGACCACACAUACAAGUACGCACACCACCAGAGCCACUGAAUCAUCAAGAAUCUUUCUUAAAACGCGUCCUGCCACUAGGGGGCAGAGUUCUGUGAGCACCAGCUAAACUGACCCAUUUGGAAACUGAGCUUGAACCUUUAGAGAUAUCAAGGACCUGGAAUGUACGGACACAAAACAUCUGAAAGAUGCAUAAGAGGUGCCUGCACACACGUGACCUCUCAGUGUGUGUGUGUGUCACUGUACAUGUAUGCAAUACAUACGAUGAUUUAUGUUAUGUGUUCUUUAAAAAGCUGAUGUGUAUUUUUUUCAGGUUUUCUGAAAACUUCAACUGGACAGUAAUGAUAUUUGUCAGAAGAGCGUAAACGUUUACACGUAUUUAUGUAUUUUUCUCUCUUGUUUGGCGGGGUGAAUGUCAUUUGUUAAAUUAUGUUAUGUGUACAGUAUAUACUUUAUAAAACUAUUUUCUUAAUUUUAGCCUACUUUUCAUCCCAUUUCUGUUUGUACCCUUUGAUGCUUGAAUAUAAAGAUUUGUAAAGAGAAUUAGAUAUAACAAAAAUCUUAACUAGUUCGACAGGGAAGAAUGAUACAUGAUGUCAAUCAUACCAAUGUAUUUAAAAAGCAAAUGUAACAUUUGAAUGUUCAGCUUGAUGACACAAUGAACGGAGAGUUUGACACUAAAGCUGCUUUUCCACCAUCGUGCCAAACCGUUCUCGAUGUGUAUUUAUUCAAAACUGCGCCGAGCCGCUACGGAUAUGGUUUACUUUUCUGAUAAAAGCCUCCCUUGAAAUGUAAUACAAACACAUCAAUCAAGAGUUUACAGACGAUAUGCAAUGUAAUUAUUGAGCGUGUUAUGAAGGAUAAUAAUUUAUUUUAGUUUUUAGGACUACUUUUUACCUGAUCUGUGUUUAUUUCGCUCAAAUAACGCACUUUACCAGUUACAGAGAGAUACUUGUAGCCAGGCAACAGAGAGUGACCAAUCCUGAGCGGCGAUGUCACUAUUCGCAUUCUAUCAGCAUGAUUAAAGCCUGUCGCACACUGAGAGAGAUGUGAAACACCACAAAUUUAAAAUUUGACGCAUAAUUUUUUAUGAGCACACUGGCGCCAUCUGUCAGGGUUCCAACUUAUUCUUGAAAUCCUUGAAAGUUUGUGAAUCUGAGGGAAAAAAAUCAAGGCCCCAAAGUCACAGGUCAUUGAAAGUGCUUGAAACUAUUUUAUGUAAGAAGUUUUCUGGAAAAAAAAUCAUAUUAUUCCCUGUGUAGUGUAGGAUAAUAUCAUAAACAUUCUAGACUUUUUAAGCACACGUGCUAAACUGUUCACUUUAAAUGCUUAUAUCUUCUGUAUGCGAAUGUUGAUUCAUACCAAAAUGCUUUUUUGCAUAGUUGUGUUUGACACAUGAAAACGUCUCGGGUUACGUAUGUAACUGUUGUUCCCUGAGAAGGGAACGAGACGCUGCGUCUCCCUUGCCAUACUUCCUGCGUCCCUGUAACACCGUCUUUGGCAAUAUUUCAGAUAGCGAUAUACUUCCUGGCUCUCGCUUCACUCUUUGUCGUUAAGCCUCACCAUUGGUUGAAUUUGAUAUACACAUUCAGACACACUUACACCUGGAGGCGUCCCCAAAGUGUCACCGCAGUGACGCAGCGCGAGUUCCCUCGAAAGGGAACUGUAACAAUGUACCUUAGGUUACACGAUGUAACCUUGCUCUUGAAAUGUGUCCCCACAUUUAGUCUUUGAAUUUGAGGGUAUUGGACCUGGAAAGUCUUUGAAAGGUCCUUAAAUUUGAAGUUAACUAAGGUGUGGGAACCCUGCAUCUGUCCACUGUGCUUUUCACCUAGUGUGCAACAGGCUUUAGACAACCAUACUAAGAAUUACAAGCUGAGAGCGGUUUCUAAUCGUACCGUGACGAACCAGGCACAGGUGGAAACAUAACUGUAACCGUUCCUUAGCAGUCUAUAUCGGUUCGGCUCAAUGGUGGAAAAGUGCUACUAGUAUCCUUAUGCACAAUUACCAAGUCAAAAAAUACCAACAGGAAUCUGUACAGGAUUCUAGAAACAAUUAUUAUUAUUAUUAUUAUUAAUUCAAAUUUCUUUCUUUCGAACACUCUUUUUGAUAAUGUUUUAAUAGUCAAUGACUGACUUUAUGAUUGGUUUUGUUUUGUUAAACUCGCUGCUAUAUUCUAACACUGGAUUGUUUUAAGGUGGUUUAUGUCUGGGCCCUGCAAUUCAGGGUUAGCCCAUAAACGGGUUAAAAGCAGUGCUAAGCUUGGACUUAAACCCAGGGUUAAUGUCAACAUGAAAUCAAUAUUUUUACAUUUUUCCUUUUAAAUAGAAGUUUAAGUCGUCUUGUGCAUAUUAUAAUAUGACACUUCAUAAAUGCACAUUGCUCUGGAAAACAAAUAAAGUGUAUGAAUACACUGCAAAAAAUAAUUUUCAAGAAAAAAAUUCUUAGUAUUUUUGUUUUGUUUUCAGUAAAAAUAUCUAUAAAUUCUUAAAUUAAGAUGCUUUUACUUGAUGAGCAAAAUCACCCAAGAAAAUAAGUCUAGUUUGUAGACCAAAAAUAUCAAAUAUCAAAAAAUAUCAAAAAAAAAAAGUUAUUUUGUGCAUAAAACAAGCAAAAAAAAAAAAAAUCUGCCAAUAGGGUAUGCAAUUUUUUCUUAAUUUUUUCCUGAAUUUAGGGUUUAAGAAAAAUGUUAAAGAUUUUUUUGCUUAACCCAUUGGCAGAUUUUUUGGCUUGUUUUAAGCACAAAAUCACUUAAAUUUGAUAUUUUUGGUCUAAAACCUAGACCUAUUUUCCUGGGUCGUUUUGCUGAUCUUAAUUUAAGAAUUUUUAGAUAUUUUUACUAAAAACAAGACAAAAAUACUAUGGUUUUUUUUCUUGAAAAUCAUUUUUUGUAUAUUUUAAACAUAACAAUUUUCUCCUUUUCUGCAAAGACGUUCCCUCUCCCAUCAAGGCCUUUUUUCUUGUUUCAUAAAUUCCUAAAUCAAGUCCCACUUUUAACAUUUCUUGUUGAAUAUCCUGCGAUAUACAGGAUAUGGUGCGGUACAGUCAACAUAAUAUAAGUUAUGAUGGCUGUUUCAUGCUGACACUAUGUGAAAAGUUUCUAGUUUUCUAUUGGUGGAAUGAAACAAUUCCCAUAGCGAUCCUUCAAAAUGAAAUUCUCAUUCUAACAGGAAUCCUUUACACAUUCCUAAAGGAUGUUUUGACUGGGAUUGGACAGCCAUUGUGCAGAUACCAUAUUUGAUAUGCAUGCCUUUAAACACUAGCACUUUAGUGCAUGUACUCGGAUGCUGUUGUACUUUGUGAUAAAGCUCAUAUUGUAAGCCAACCCCACAUAUGUAUACACACACACACACACACACACACACACACACACACCGCUGUUCACAGGUUCUCAAAUUGUCUUUUUUAUUUGUCUUGCUAUCAACUUUGCAUUGAGAUAAGAAAACUUUUUAAGUCUAUGGUUGUAUGUAUUAAAUCAUGUUUGUAUAGCUGUUAUUAUAAAUUAUAAAGUUUUUUCUUUCAAAUGAGAAAUGAAGUUUUAAAUGAAGCCCCUGUCUAAAGUCUUAUGAUAGAGUGUGUGUUCAACUGGUAAUAAAUUGAAUGUGUAUUUCCCAAAAAA